UUACAACGGUUUAUGCCUGAGUGGGAUCUGAUUCUGUGAGCUCAGUUGUCAAUUGACUGGAGGAGAUAGAGGACACCCAUUUUUGGAGAUUAUCCUGAGGACAGCUCAAUGUGAUUUCUCUAAUAUUACCUGGCAUAAAGAUUGAAAGUAUAUCAAUUUAACAGAUUGUCUUUUUAUCUGUAGAUUUCCUGUUCAGAUGGGAAUUUUGUAGCUGAAUUGAAGCAAAAUAUUCAGAGUGAAAUCAUCACAAUAUUCAUCAAAUAUACAGCUUAGGAGGUGAAGAUGUUUUACAAGAUCAUUUUGAGUUGUGUCGCCCUCUUUGGUGCUGCUGUACACGCAGAAACUGGACCAAUCCUAAUGCAGCAGCCAGAGGAAACCAUCUUUGAUACGGCAACCAAUGUUGAUUCAGUCUCCCUCCAUUGUCGUGCUACUGGUGAUGAACCAAUCACCUACACGUGGGAGAAGGAUGGUGCUCCACUCUCUCAGGCAACUAACGCUCGGCUGGUCAUCACACCUGGGCAACUGACCAUCACUAGCCCAGAGAGAACAGUAGACGGCGGGGAGUAUGUGUGCAUGGCCUCCAAUCAGGUGGGGUCAGUGAGAAGUCUGCCAGCAGAGCUCGUCUUUGCCUAUGUUGAUUCAUUUGACCCAAGUGCUACAUCAACUCAGUCACUGACUGCAGGUCAGGGGGGCUGUGUAACCUGUAACCCGCCUCCACAUUUUCCAGACGGUAUCUUGGUCAAUUGGUUCCAUGAGAAUAUGUUGGUGGACUCCAGCGAUAGCCGCAUCCGGGUUAUGGAUGACGGUCGACUCUGCUUCUUCUACGCUUUGGCAAGUGAUGCAGGAGCAUACAGGUGUCAGGUCAAGAGCAAUGUUAUCUCUGACGGAGGUGUCGAAAUGAGAGUCAGUCCAUUGGUCACUGUUACAGUCAAUGCCGGUUCUUCAAGUUCAGCUAUCAGGAUUGUUCAAGAGAACAGACCUACCGAUGUGACGACCAUUGCUGGAGAAGACGUCAAAUUUGAAUGUUUCUUCUAUGGCCCGCAACCAACAGGUCAGAUUCCCAGGGUCCAGUGGGUACGUACAUCACCUCCUGGUGCUGGGUUGCCCACCGGUAGAGCCGUGCUGGAGGAAGGGGGUGAGAUCUUAAGCAUUGUGGGCGUGCAGCUGGAGGAUGCAGGUUCCUACCUCUGUUACAUCGAUGACGUCAACAGUGGAGCUUCGGCAGGACUCAAUGUCGCGGAAGCCCCAGCGUGGGUCAGCGAACCAAUGGAUGCCAUGAAAGACAUCAACACCAUGCAGGAAUGGAACGUAGAGGCUGAGGAGGCUGACCAGUACACCUGGUAUCGCAAUGGAGAAAUAUUGACCGCUCGAGACAGACAUCAGUUCCGCAACAACCUCGAGACACUCAUAAUAAGCGACCUUAUGACGACGGAUACAGCCAUGUAUCAGUGCUUUGCAAGCAACGAUCAUGGCAUGAUUUAUUCCGCUGCACAGCUGUCCGUAAGAGCCUUCCCACCCGAGUUCCUGAGCCCAAUGGAAACAGACAAGCCUGCCCCACUCACAGCUACAGUCACUGUGGUAUGCGAUGUGGAUGCUGCCCCCGCUCCGACGGUCACAUGGCAGCACGAUGGUCAACCCAUCACAGACGGCGCUCGCUACAACUUGACCGCUGACCCUCCUAACCUGGUCAUCAUAGAUGUACAGAUGUCCGAUGGUGGAACUUACCAGUGCACUGCCACCAAUUCAAAUGGAACAGUGACCGGCGAGGGUAGUCUGGAUAUAAAAGAUGCGACAGUGAUCACGGGGCAUCCUGAUAACACCUUGGUAGAGGUUGGGCAGUCUACCACCCUGAAAUGUAAAGCUGCUCAUGAUGAAUACUUGGAGUUGACCUACCUAUGGGAGCACAAUGGAGUAGAAAUCGACCUCAGUGAAAUCGAGAGAUACAGAAUGUCCGAGAGAGACAAUGGCAACUUGGAGAUCGUCUCAGCUCAGUUACGGGACGGUGGUGAAUACACCUGCGUAGCUCUGACUGUGGCUGAUUCAGACCGCUCUAGUGCUACGUUAGACAUUGCAGGACCCCCUGGUCCCCCGUCCGGUCUCUCGGUGGAGGUUGAGAACCUGGCUGCCAACCUGCGCUGGGUCCCAGGCACAGACAACAACAGCCCCAUCACAUCCUUUACCAUCGAAGGACAAACGGAUCAUAGCGACGAAUGGGUCGAACUCCGCUCAGGUGAAAGCGCUGGAUCUAACUCUGUUCGUCUGGUAAACUUGGAUCCGUUCAGUCUUUAUUCCUUCAGAGUCAUUGCUGUCAAUAGGAUUGGUCGGGGAACACCCAGCGAACCUGUAGAGGCCGGUGUCAAAACUGGCAAAACAGCUCCUACUGCAUCACCAUCGAAUGUUGGAGGUGGUGGCGGCAAUACUGGAGAUCUUAGAAUCACAUGGGAUAAAUUCCCGUCAUCCAAGUGGAACUCUGAAACGGUGUCCUACAAGGUGGAAUGGCAGAAGGUCGACAGUCAGGUGUCCUCUACGGGUCUUCUUGAGGAACCCAAUGCAAUCAUCUACACAGCUACACUGGGCAUUGAACUCUACACACAGUACAAUGUACGGGUGCAGGCAAAGAACGACGAGGGAGAAGGUCCCUUCAGUGAAUGGGCAGUCAUCUAUUCAUACCAAGAAGCACCCAAGACAGCUCCCACUGGAGUGAAAGCAGAGAGAGCUUCUGGGACCACCAUCAAUGUAAGCUGGGAUGCAAUUGAUGAAAGCACUUUUGAGGGAGAACUCAUGGGGUAUAAGUUGAAGUAUUGGAGUGAUGACAGUAAUGAAGCCAACGCUAACACCGCAGUCAGUCUGGGAGUUGGAACCUCAAAUACAAUCGCAGGCCUGGAACCCAGCACCAGGUACACUGUAAUGGUGGCAGCAUACAGCGGAGGUGGUAACGGACCUGAUAGCAACACGGCUUCAGAUACGACUUUCAAGAGCGCACCCAUGCAGAAACCAACAGGAGUGAGGGCAGUCCAAUCAGAAACAGGCGGUGAUCUUACAGUCAAUUGGAAUGGUAUUACUACAUCAGCAUCUGAAGAGCCGCUCAUGGGAUACAAGGUUCGCUACAGGACGGAGGGCACGUUCGCUCCAGAUGCCGUGACUAUCAUUGUCCAAGGCAAUGAAAAGACGACAGCUAUAAUCAGAGGCUUGACUUAUGAGACCACAUAUCUGAUCACUGUAGUAGGAUAUAGUGACGGAGGUAAUGGGGCCAGUAGUAACCCUCCUUUAUCGGUUACAAUAGCUAAAGGAAGAACGGGACAAUCAAGUGACGAUCCAAACGGAGCAUCAAGAACCGCUGGAGUGUUAUCGUUCUCUCUUUUCUGUGUAGUAACACUCCUUCAUUCAUUAUCCCAACUCUUAUGAGAUGGUACAGACCAAAUACUGUAGUCUAUUAGUAGUACUUCAGCUCAUACCAUAUUGUAAAAUAGGGGUGUCUUGCCUCGUUAGGGAGUGAGGGUGUCAGGAUAGUGGAACGUAUUGGACAUGAAUGAAUAGUGUGACAGUAAAAUGUGUUGAUGAUCAUCUUAUAAAUUCCACUCUCUUCCUAUCUCUCUCUCUCUCUCUCUCUUGAUCUCUCUCUCUCUUGAUCUCUUGAUCUGUCUCCACCUCUCUCAUCUGUUGGUCAUGUGUGACAUGAUGUGCUGAAAAGAGUUUGUAUCAAUUAUUCUGAAGUUCGAGUAUGUUUUAAGAUUGUGUUCAUGAAACCUUAAAAUGCUAUUUCCUCUGUAAGUUUGGUCACAAAUCAUAAUGCUGUAUUUAUUAAAACAAUUCAGUCUGAUGAAAUAAGUUUGUUUUCUCAUUCAUCUACAUUGGUUGAUAUAACCCUUUCAUACUGCUUUUUCCACACAAUAUUUAAUGCAAGUCAUCCAUGUAAGCUGUUGGAAAACAGAAAUUAAACUUCAUGUUAAAUAUCUAGAAAUGCAUUUGAAUGUGCAUAUGAAUGACCUACUUUAAUUCUUUAAUUUCAUCAUGUUACAGUAACCCAACCCUGUGCAUGAGUGAGAUACACUAGUAGGAAUAACUUGUAAGGAAUUUUUGUUUUCUAUGCAGGCCGUGCAUAUAGAUAGAAAGUGUUAAAGGGGCAUAUCAAUCAUGCCUCUAUUCUAGAAGAAACAGUUUUAGGUGUAUGGCAUCGAUCAGUAAUUUCCAAAUCUGUUAAUAUAUUGUACAGAACAAUUAUGUAUGUAAUGUCUGUUUGAUGUAUGAUGACUGUACAUGAGUGUGUGUAUUUGAGUGAGAGUAUGUGAAAUAUAUAUAUAUAUGUUUUGUAAUAUAUUUUCUGCAGGUUUGUGCGGAUCAUAUUUUUUUCUUUACUUGAAGCUUAAGCUUUUGUUAUCCGCUGAAUUAUCUGUACGAUGUCAAAUUCUUAUUUUUUAAACACCUGAGUUAGGCAAUAUUGAUGUUUAAACCAUUGAUGUCGAUAUGCAAGCAAAAGUUAUUUUGCCAUUUUAUGUUUCUAUGUUUGUGAUAUGUUUCCAGAGUAAAUGGUAAUU